AUGUAUAAUUUGGCUGAAGGACGGUUGAAAGCAGAUCCCCGCGCCCUCUUCUCCUCGAUCUCAGCUCUAUCGCCACAGGCUAUUGAGCUGGCAUGCGACCUACCCUAUCCCCGCUCCAUCCUCCAAUGCAUCAAAGUCCAUCGCGUCGCCGGCAAGAUAUUCUUCGACCUUCAGGCAUCCAACGGAGAAACACUCACAGGCGAGUUUGUCGCGGGACGCAUGCCUGUAAAGGGUGAAGGAAUGCGCUGCACGCGCCGCACCGGAGCGUACUUCGUUGUUGAGCUUGUGCCCGAUGUUGUUCAGCUGGGUCAAGCGCCACAUGCGACACCUGUUUCGAAGGCUGAACAGGUUCUUGCACUCUGUGGCUCGCUAGGCUAUACUGAGAUGUAG